UGGAGCCACGCCCCCGUCCCCUCCCCUCCCCGAGCGCCCAGGGAGCGGCGCGGCGCGCGCCAUGGCGGGCCCUAGCCUGCGGCCGCACGUGCACUGGGCGCAACGGCACAGCGAGCUUUAUCUGCGCGUGGAGCUGAGUGACGUGCAGAACCCGGACAUCGCCAUCACCGACAACGUGCUGCAUUUCAAAGCUCAGGGUCAUGGUGCCAAAGGGGACAACAUCUACGAAUUUCAGAUUGAGUUCCUAGAACCCGUUGAGCCUAAACCUGUAUGCAGGGUGACCCAAAGGCAGCUGAACAUCACUGUGCAGAAAAAAGAGAGUAACUGGUGGGAGAGACUCACCAAGCAAGAGAAGAGGCCGCUCUUCCUAGCUCCUGACUUUGACCGCUGGUUAGAUGAAUCCGAUGCUGAAAUGGAACUGAAGGAGAAGGAAGAAGAAAAGAUUAACAAAAUGAAAAUAGAAUCCAGAGUCCCAAAAGACCCUUUCAAACACCUCAAGAAGGGUUACUUAGUCAUGUAUAAUCUUGUACAGUUUUUGGGAUUCUCUUGGAUUUUUGUGAACAUGACAGUACGACUGUUCAUCUUAGGAAAAGAUUCCUUCUAUGACACAUUUCACACUAUUGCUGACAUGAUGUAUUUCUGUCAGACCCUGGCAUUAAUGGAGGUCAUGAAUGCACUCAUAGGACUAGUCAAAUCACCGCUGCUACCUACUGUAUUGCAGGUAUUUGGAAGAAACUUUAUUUUGUUUGUUGUCCUGGGAAGCUUAGAGGAAAUGCAGAGCAAACCUGUGGUGUUCUUCGUGUUUUAUUUCUGGAGUAUCAUUGAGCUGUUCAGGUAUCCAUAUUACAUGCUGUCCUGCAUCGGUAUUGAAUGGAAACCACUCACCUGGCUCCGCUACACUGCCUGGAUCCCUCUCUACCCCUUAGGAGGCUUGGCAGAAGCCGUCUCUAUCGUUCAAUCCAUUCCAAUCUUCAGUGAAACAGGGAAAUUUAGUCUGGGAUUGCCAAAUCCACUGAACGUCACAAUCCAGUUUUCAUUUUUGCUUCAAAUAUGCCUUAUAGGCUUGGUUUUAGCGAUAUCUGUAAACUUCCGUCAUCUUUACAAGCAAAGGAAACAGCACCUUGGACCAAAGAAGAGAAAGAUGAAGUAAAGGAGGACUGCAGUGCUUUCUUACCUAACUUAUCUCAGUGACAAGCCUCUAAUUCUUACGGUUUUACCCACUGUAAUGUAAAGAAUUUUGUAUAAUUAAAUGAUCAUGCUAGAUUUCAUUAUUUCACAGUGAAUUCAGGUAACAUUCCCAUAUACUGUAUUUUGUUCCCUUUCAAUCAUGUAUGCAUGACAUUUACCACUGAACAGCGCCAUUUAAACUUGUAUCCUGUCAACUACCAUAUUAGGAAGAAAUCCUAUUAUCUGCAUAUAAUAUGCUUAUGAACAGUGGAGCAGCACUAAAUAGAAUAGUGUUUAUCUUUUAAUUGGAUAUUUGCUCUUUCAAUAUUGCAUGCAGAUAGGGCUUCUGAUGCUGGGAUAUACUGUUAGCUGGCCAGUGCUAGUACUGUUCCUAGGGUGCGUCUCGAUGGCAGGAGGGAGCACAGUCUGAGGCCACUGUGAACAGUGUUUGGGUAUUUAUUAACGGUUGGGGUAAACUUGCUCAGCACGUACUGAUGUUGCAGAAUUAAAACUGGAAGUAGUUAAUGUCGAUUUAAAUGCUACCUGCUUAGUCUGUUUCUACUUUAGCCUUAACAGAAUAGGAGUGCUGUGUGGGUCCUAGCGUUCCUGUAGCAACACAUCUGGUCAUUAGGGAAAGGAAGCUGCCACUCUGACAUGGUCAGAAAUGCUUUCCUGGUUGCUAAUGCAAGCACUGAAACGUAACAAAAUAAGGAAACACAGGUACCAGCUUUCUCCUAGCACAUGAACCCCACCAGAACUCCAUCCCACCCAUGCAAAGGGAAAGUGUGGAACUGUCAUGGGAGACCGGGCUCCUCUGGUCAUCCCUGGCAGGGCUGUAGCUCCUGCAUUUGUAGCCCUCAGAAAGGCAAUUUUUCCUGCUUUUCUACUUCAACUUGGGUGCAGCUGAGAAUUUGGUGUAUAUGCUUGGUUGGCUGGCCCCUGGUGGGAUGGAGCAGUGGGUCAAAAGAACCGCGUAUUCUUUUGAUAACGUGCAUCAAAUCACAAUAAGGGCGAUCCCAUGCAGGGUUUUAAAGGGACCCUUUUCUCUCUGUUUGCUUUAAACAACAGCAGCGACAACCAAUAAACAUGGCUCCCCGCACAUUCCAGCUCGUCUGCACUCUCACCUGGAAACCUUUGUUUCAGGUGACUGUUUCAACAUGCCCUUCUUCACAUCUAGCCUCCCGUCAUUAAUUCCUGAUCCCUCCGGCCUCCGUAAUCCAGUUUAGAAAACGUACAAGGAGUUUGCCCUAAACCGUACUGUGGUUAUGACAGGUUGCUUCACAACAACUGCCGCUGCCCCAGGGCACUGCAGAGCCAUGCCAGCCAUCCAGAACAGGCACUGAAGUUGAGAUUAUUUUAGUGCCAUGUUACUAUUUAUCUUUUUUUUCUACUGUAAAACAAUAUGAAUCCUCAGAAAAUUAUUUUCUGUAUUAAAGGUAACAAACAGCUUACUGUUUGUGAUACAGACCCAGUGAUUGUUACUGUAAAGGAAGAAAAAUAGCAUUCUGUGGAGUUUAACAAAGAACUUGUAGAAGCUCCACGUUGCAUUUCACAAACGUGUUCUGUCAGCAAGAGGAAUAGUUCAACUUCUCUUUAGGGAUACUUGAGGCUCACACUCAAAGGAGAGUGUAGCUUACUUCACUCAGAAGAGUUGAACCUUAUUUACACACUUAAUAUUUCACGAUAGCACACACUGUACCUACGUCUGAAGUAUGUCAAAGGAUUGAAUUUGCUGAGUAAUGGGACAGCAAGGAUCACUUUCAUACUUUAACUUCUCCACUGGGCAUUUAAACUUCUGUUAUGAAAUCCUUAUGUAUUCAUACAUGGUAUUUCUCAGUGAAGUCGUGGUACCUAGUGCAAGCUGUCAUGGAUCUUACACUACUGAGUUUUAGUCCUUCAGAAAGAAUGUGUUCCUUUUAAUAAAGAUUUACAACCAAA